CCUUCAAGACUCGAAAGUUCUAAUCCGCAUAGAAUUGAAUUACCAAGGUUCUGGUGUUUGUGUGUGGUCCGGAAGCAAUAAAUAGAAGCUUUUCCAUGGCGGAUUGGGAUUCUUCUUCCCUCCAUAACUCCAACCUUCUAUCCACUACCAACCAGAUAAAACCCCACCUACCAACCUCUCUUCAACUUCGAAAUCCCCUCUCCAUUCUCCAACCACUUCCAACAAUCUUCUUCAACCAGAAUCUCCCAACAUCUUACUUUCUCUGCUAUGGGGCGCCGGAGCGACAACAAUGCCUCCGCCGUGCCGUGGGGCGCUCUCCUCGCCGUGAUCUUCCUCGCGCUCGCUUUCUACUGUGGGACCGAUCCAUUCAAGCACAGUGCGAUCGCGGAGUUCCCCGACUUUCAGACCUACUAUGUCGAAUUGCCCCCCUGGUCUCAGGUGCCGACCGAGAGAGACAGCGAGAACUUGUUGCAGAAGUCGACGAUCAUGUUUAAGGACCAGGUCCAGGGCCCCGAGAGCGUGGCAUUCGAUCCUCUUGGGCGCGGCCCCUACACUGGUGUAGCCGAUGGUAGAAUACUGUUUUGGAAUGGCGAUUCUUGGACUGAUUUUGCUUAUACUUCGUCUAAUAGGUCAGAAAUAUGUGAUCCAAAACCAUCAAUUUUAAGUUAUAUGAAGAACGAACACAUAUGUGGCCGUCCGUUGGGUCUCCGGUUUGACAAGAAAACAGGCGAUUUAUAUAUCGCGGAUGCAUACUUCGGGCUGAUGAAGGUCGGACCUGAAGGCGGUCUGGCAACAUCACUUUCAACUGAAGCAGAAGGUGUGCCGUUCAAGUUUACCAAUGAUCUAGACCUUGAUGACGAAGGGAAUGUGUACUUCACGGAUAGCAGCACAAUGUACCACAGAAGGAACUUCUUGCAAGUAGUUUUUUCUGCUGAAAGCACUGGGAGAGUUUUGAAAUAUAAUGCUGCUACGAGAGAAACCACCGUUCUUGUGCGGAACGUUUACUUUCCGAAUGGUGUGUCUCUAAGCAAGGACGGUUCGUUCUUCGUUUUCUGCGAAGGGCCCAAAGGAAGAUUACGCAAGUAUUGGUUGAAGGGCGAGAAAGCAGGAACAACAGAACUCUUCGCCAUUCUUCCUGGAUUUCCUGAUAACGUCAGAACAAAUGACAAGGGUGAAUUUUGGGUGGCAAUCCAUUGUCGGCGUUCUACGCUUGCCAGUCUGCAAGCUCGGUAUCCGAAACUGAGGAAAUUUAUGCUCAAGCUUCCAAUAUCAGCAAAAAUUCAGUUCCUUCUUCACAUUGGCGGUUGGCCUCAUGGAGUGCUUGUCAAGUACAGUCCAGAGGGGAAGCUUUUGCAGAUAUUAGAAGAUAGCCAGGGGAAGGUUGUGAAAGCAGCAAGUGAGGUUGAGGAAAAAGAUGGAAAAUUAUGGAUUGGGAGUGUUCUAAUGUCUUUUGUUGCAGUCUAUAACUUGCAUUAAGUUUGGAAGAAUUAGUUAGCUAUUUAUAAGUUCCUGUGAACUUGCUGUUCCUUUUUUUUCCUUUUCUUUUAUUACCCUUCUUUGUUAAGUUCUUAUUUCCUUUUUCUUAAGGUUAGUAUCACUGAGAUUAUUGGUUAAUUGUGGAUUCUUUAUGAUUAUAAUUACUAUUAUCUUUAAAUUAGAGAUAAUCUUACACGUUC